AAACAAACAAGUUCUCUACCUAUAUGUUAGGCAGGUGCAUUGAGAACAGUUUAGUUUCUCAGAAAUUUAUUUUCUUAAAUAUCAUUAAGAAAAGAACUGUAUUGCACGUUGUUAGAUAUCACAGACCAGCACAAUGAAUCUUCUAAGUUUCCUCGUUAUCGGGACGCUGCUGGUUAGCACCUGGUCUCUUCCUCCCACAAGUUUUCCAUUGCAAACAGUUUCUUGUAAUGACACCGAUGUGGAAAGUGCUGCUGCUUCAGCUUUGCAGAGUAUCAACAAAGAACGAGAGGAAGGCAACGUUCUUAGCCUCUUCCGCAUUGAUGCUGUCCAAAAGCAGCACUGGAGAAGGGGGACUGUCUUCUACCUUGCCUUUAAUGUUAUAGACACAGAAUGCCACGUCCUUAGCAGGAAGGAUUAUAAGGAAUGUGAAGUCAGAUAUUUACAUGAAGCAGUUUAUGGAGUUUGCAAAGCCAUGAUAUAUGUUAGACAAGGAAGAAGUGGUGACCUACUCAGCUAUAACUGUACUUUAAGUCCAGUUGCAAGAAGAAAGAUUGCUUCAAUUUGUCCAGAUUGCCCACCUAGUGACUCCUUAGACAAGCCAAUAUACACUGAAAUUGCAAAACUGUCCCUUUUAAAAUACAACCGGGAAAGCAACAACAGUAAAAUAUUUGCCCUUAAAAACAUCACAAGGACUUCUAUGCAGUCUUUGUUUGGAACUUUUUAUUUUGUCGAGUUCACUGUCUAUGAGACUGGGUGUACUAAGGAUAACCUUCUUGAAGGUGACAUCUGUGAGAUUGUCGACCCAUUUAAGCGCUACGGUUACUGCAAGGGUUCAAAAAUUUCAACUGCAAAAGACCCCAUUGUUUCCGCAUUGUGUACAAUUUAUGAACCAGAGGACAGAUCAGAGCAUUUUCACAGACUUACCCAUGAUCACUCACAUGGGCAUGAAAAGAGACAUGGGAAGAAGCAGAGAUGUGGACAAGGGCAUGCACAAGAACAUGGUCAGAAACAUGCCCCUGAUCACUCACAAAGGCACAAACAGGAACAUGGUCAGAAACAUGCCCCUGAUCACUCACAAGGGCAUGGACAGGGACGUGGUCAGAAACAUGCCCAUGGUCACUCACAAGGACAUGGUCAGAGACAUGCCCAUGGUCACUCAGAAGGGCACAAACAGGAACAUGGUCAUGGACAUGCCCAUGGUCAGUCACAAGGACAUGGAUUGAGCCAUGGAUGUGAUGAAGGACUUGUUGAGGAAGGACUCAUUGCGGAAAGCAUCCAAGAGAGUCAUAAUGACUCUUUGGAAGGUCAUGGCUUUCAUGCCUACCCUAGACGCCCAGUAGGAUCUGUGAUUGUUCUUCCUCAGAGUACUAACCAGGUGGAUCUUCCAGAUCCUGUUCUCAGUCUCCCUGAAAUCACCGGGCCUUGGAUUUCCAAUGCGGCCAUCCUUCCAUUCCCUGAUAAAUCUUCUCCACAAUGCCCUGCGGAACCAAAGCUUCCACAGCUGUGGGUUCUAGAUCUAUUAAAACCUAUCAAAUGAUAAUGUUGCUGUCACCCCGGCCCAUUAAAAAAAAGAAUACUAGAAUUGAAAUGCUAGACCAUCAUUUUUGUUUUUACGUUUUAAUUAAAUGUUAUUAGCACAAGUUGAAAUACAAUGGAUCAUUUCAUUAACUACUAUAAAUACAGUUGUGAACAUCCAUCUGAAUUAAAACAUACAAUGGGCUUAAUAAAUCAAGUAUAUGUGCUCCGUUCUUAAUUGUCUUCACAAAAUAAAACAAUAAAAAAAAUUUGUGUUUUGCUGAACACUUUUUUUAAGCGUAUCUACACCCUGCUCCAUCUGCCUUUACUCAGAUUGUUCACAAUCAUUGUCUUUUUUGAAUGCCAGGGAUACAUUUUCAUUGGCUCGUUUUAUUCUAUUAAAAUGUAUCACAACUUUUA